UUGGUUUUUUCUAGUUAUUUUUCAAAUUAAAAGCCUGGUGCAUUUAGUGAAUUAGAAUUGUUUUGCACAAGAAAAAAAGACGGGAGUCUAACAAGAUGCAUUUCCAUUAAUAAGAAAGUGUUCAAAUUCAUAUAAUUUUAUUUUUCCAUUGAUGACAUUGUGCGUAAAACACAUUUUAUUUUUUAUACAAAUUGGUAUUUCAAUAACUCUCGCUUUAUCUAAGAAUAACAAUAGCAAAGAAAAUUUUUUAUUAAGAAAAAUUGUUGAAACGGCAUUUCAACCAGUUUUGCAAAUACUGGAUGUUUCAUCGUUGCGGCAAGAUGAUAUGACACCAGCAUCUAUACUAGAUUUCAUUGACACUGAGUCGAAUCCCAUGUCAUUCGUGCAACUGCGUUCACUUAACUCUCACAACACAUUGGAGACGAAUUUCAAAGAGGACGAUAUUCAAUUAUAUUUGAAAACGGAGUUAAAGCAAUCAUUGCAACCAAUUUACUAUUCUUUCGGUUUAACUAAUGAAGGGGUACCUGAUGAGAAGCAGUUGCAAAGUCGACCUGCGUUUAUUAUCUGACCCAUGGAUGACGAUACCCUUGCGAUUGAUCCUUUACAUUAUCUUCGAUAUCAAGCUCUUUAUUUUUUUUUUUAAUAACAAAUGAAAUUUCACUGAAUACUAAACAUGGUUCAUUUAA